AUGAACGCGAUCGCAGCCUUAAGUCCCGGAGGAGUUGGCGGCAACGCCCCCUCCGGCAGCAACGCUCCCUCCAACCGAGGCGCGGCGAUUACGCCCCCUCAAUCAGAAAAGUGCUUUAAGAGUACUGCAAAGGGAUUAGUGGGUUUAGAUCCUCCUUCGGAUCCUCCUUCAAGUUCUUCCUCUAGCUCAAGCGCCGAGGGGUCAAACAAGGACAAAAGGGAGAAGGGUUCGGAUUCUUCCUCUUCGAGUUCGUCUUCCAGCAUAGUUUCGGUUGAGGCUAUCUAUAAGAAGGAGAAGAAACUUAUGAGAGUUAAGGAUUACAACUCUUUCAAGGUUUCGCAUUUCCCGAAAGGUGCCGCCGAAGCCAGGGGUUUCAAAAAUCAGCUGUUCAGCAGCGUUGCAAAGCUUGCGAAAGGUGAUGAGACCCCGAUCCUAGAAUGGAUGUCGAGAUGUUUGAAGGCGGAAAAUCCCGAAGUCUUCGAGGAUUCUGGUGAUUACCCACUCCUUGAUCGAAUCUUGGGUCAUCGCAUGCUUGAGCUUGCUAAGGGCACAAAGUUCUCCCUGGAUUUCCAGACGCUCCAAGAAAGUGCACAGAAGAAGGGGAAGCAGACCAAAGGCAGGCAUUUAGUGUGGGUGGUUUUACAAAAGUUUCGAUUGGAGAAAGAUCGGGGCACGUCGCUUACCCAGCAUCACUUGUUGUCGCUUACCGUCUCCGGGAGUGACGCUAAAGGUCUUGAUGAGUUUCGCCAGAAGUUCAACUACAUACUGGAGGCAUUGGAGGUCGAUGAACGCCCCACGGAUGUUGGGAUCCGCAGAGUCAAAACCACAUCAGCCGGUGUAGCAUCCGUGAUGGCAGGUGCAGCCGUUGCCAUUGGCUCCUUGCCCACGUCUUCCGCCCAGACACUUUCACUUUCUGAUUGUGAUGCGUCGAACGCACCAGUCAGCAAGGUCGAUGAUGGGAUGUGUGCGCUAGGCCGUGAGGCAUCCGCUGCCCCGGCUCGCAGGGGUAAUCCAACCAAACGAGCCAACCUUAAAGGGCGUUGCAAGUCUACUGCUUUCCGUAAUGCGCGGACGUUCAUCCCCAGGGGUGUUUCGUUCACCAGAUUCUUCACAACAAUGAUGGCUGCAACUUCUUGCUUCUCUCCUUUGUCGAAUCCUCCUGCUUGUGCUGGGCUGUUGGGUGACCUGGUGCCGAAAACUUCGGACAUGGAGUACUUGAUUGACUCAGGUGCCGGCCGGAACCUCAUCUCAAAGUCAAGUUUGCCGGAAGAGGCUCAAGGAUUUUUUGAGACAGCGCCGGAAAAGUUGAAGUUUUCAACAGGUGGAGGGGUUAGGUCAGGAUCCGAUGCGAUUAGGAUACACGGGUCAAUCACGGGAAACAACGUGUUUUAUGCCCUUAAGGACUGCCCACCAGCGCUAAGUCUGGGGAUUCAAGUAAACGAGCACAAAAGAGCUUGGAUUUGGUUUCCAGAUCAAAUGCCGUUCUUCAUCAAGCCUGAGUGCCUUCAGGACGUUACGUUCCACUGCCCCGAAAACGCAAAGAUCUAUGCGGAUAAGGUUGUGCAAAACGUCCCAAUCCUGAAGGAAUCAAUAACAUGCUCAGGCUUGCCCGCUUCCGCAAAAGCAGAAACCACGGGGACUUUCGCAGGACCGUUUGAGCCCGCCAGUUCCUCAAGUGAUCCUGCGCCGGUAGCGUUACGAAGAAUCGCUAAAGGGAGAGGCGGUACUCGCCCCCCCGAUGCAAGCUCAGACGGAUCUUCAAGAGGAGCUCCCGUUGCCCAUUUUGGAGACGGUGAUGAGCUUGAAGACUGCGUUGCACCCGAAAAGAUCCCAGAAGACGAGCCGUUGGACGAAGAAGAUGCGGAGGCUUAUCCGUGGACUCCUCCCUUAAGGGAAAAGUUGCAGGCCAUAGCUAAGUCCCCGGAACAUCAAAUCACACACUUUCCGAAAAACAGGUAUUGUGACAUAUGCAGGAGGGCAAAAAUGACCUCCAGAUCCCACAGCUAUCAUCAUGGAGAGGUGGACCCUGAAGAGACCCCUCCUUUGCAUUUCGGACACAAGCUUCGCGCGGAUCACAUCAUUAUAAAUGAUGAGCCUUCGGAGGGUUCCGAAGGUGAACAGGCAUGUCUGAUUUGCUUUGAUGAGUUUAGUGGUUGCUUAGGUGCUUAUCCACAGACGCGCCGUACGACUCAGUCGAACGUUGCCUGUUUGCGGCACUUCGGCGGGACGGGAGCGCAUGGCAAAGCCCUCUGCCAAGUGAAGUCCGACUGUGCCGCGGAGUUGACCGACGCGGUAAAGGAGUUGGGGUGGUUACCUAGUCCGGGUAUUCCGAACGACGCUUUUCACAAUGCGAAGCUCGAAAGGGCCAUUAGGAGCAUAAAGGAAGGAACACGUUCGGUCCACCUUAGAGCCGGAUUUCCUCAUGCCCUGUGGCCUCGCUCGGUAGAAUACUUUUGCGCGGCGAAAGCGUUCACGACAGAGGCUCCUGUUCACCCGAACGAAACGGAAGAUUCCGAAGCCUUCAAAAAGGGGAAGACUUGCUAUGCAGUGGCUAACAAGGGGGAUGCUUUUGAAGGGCUUAAAGUUCCUUUGGGCGCCUUGGUGUACUACAAACCUGCAAAGCACAAAGAUCUUCCUCCUUUUGAUCCCAGAACGCUCCCGGGCAUUUUCUGUGGUUGGCGCAUCGAUCAUGGCUUCCGUUUCAGGGGCAUCCACCUCGUGCUUGAUUAUGAAAGCCUCCGAACAAACCAGAAAGGUUGUGGGAGACCAAUCCAAGUUCACGAAAAAGAGUUAGUGGCCCCUGAUUCUUUUGUCUUUCCGCUCUACGAAGCCAAUGCUUUGAAACUCACGUCUUUAAGCCCAGAGCCUUCGCUGCCAAAGAUCGAACCUGGUGAGAGCCUUCCUUUCGAAAAGGGGGAUCCAGACCCUGAAGUGAGAAAGCGUAGAACAUACGUAACUUUAGAAAGGGCGAUCAGAUUUGGCAAGACGAUGGGUUGUAGAGGAUGUGAUCGCAUAGCAGAAGGCGUGAAGCACACGGAUGCAUGUCACGACCGUUUCGCCAAGCUUCUGGAAGACGAACGAAAGGCCAAGCUCUUAGAGGAGGAAAGAAAGGCCAAAGAAAAGAGGGAUGAAAAGCCACCUGCAGCUGAAGGAGAUGCGAUUCCUGCCGCACCCUUUGCUCGAACAGCCCAGAAACAUCUGCCGACAGAUCAGGUCCGAGAAGCCGCAGGCUCCGGAUCCAAUCAAGAUGAGCAUGAUUAUUGGUCUUUCGAUCAACAAAAAGGGGCGUGGAAAAGACUUAGAGCAGCCAAUUCGAACGCCGCAGACCAGCAGAAGCGCUUGAAGCCUCUACCAAAAGGUAUCGACGCUGUCGCUUCGAUUGCUCACUGCAUGUCGUCCGUUUCCGAGGACCCAGAAGCUUUGAAGGCCCUUUCUCAACAGGUGUGCGAUGCCGCUCAAAAGGCACCACCAAGAAAGAGUGUUUCGAAGGGAAAUGGUUCGGAAACGAUGUUCGAGUUCUGCUGCGACCCAAAAUCCAUGCUAGGUCAAGUGAACGAGAGUUUAGGCAUCAAUCACUUCAGAAUGACGGCAAAGAAUUCAAACAUGGCAGACCCAGUUCAAGGCGAAUCAUUGCGAGAGCUUGUUGCUCAGUUUCCAGGUUGUGAUCUUUGGGGCAGCGUUCCUAACUCCCCUUGGAAGUGUUUGCAGCACCCUAGCCAAAACCUUGACAAGCCCGGCUCCAGAAAGAAGCUGAAGGGCCAAAGGCGCUUAAGCAUCAGAAUGUUGAAAAACUUCAUCAAGGUUGCAGAGCAAGUCCUAAGUCAAGGGGGUACGGUUAGCUUUGAGUGGCCUAAGAACUGUAGUGGUUGGAAAACACCAUUGCUAUUGGAAUUCAUAGCCCGUCACGGUCUGUAUGAAGUGAUUACAAAUGGCUGCGCUUUCGGCAUGGAAAAUCACCUUGGAGAGCCGUUGAAGAAGUCUUGGAGAAUAGUUACGUCUUCCUUCAAGCUUGCACAAAACUUGUCUGCAAAGCGCUGCUGCCACGAGUCAGGUUUCAAGCAUGCAGAGAUCUCGGGCAAGAUAGCUUCUAGCUCUGCCCUCUACCCAGAAAGCAUGGCCAGAUGCAUAGCACAAAGCUUGUAUAGUCACAAGCUGGAUGCCCAUGUUCCUUGCAUGCCUACUGUACCCGCACCCGCAGCUACUGCAGAGCAUUUUUCCAACGAGCUCUCUUCAGAACAGCAAGAGAUUUUAGCAGGAGUUCAUAUGCUUAUCGAUAGGAAGGAUUGGCACAAACAUCCAGGCGCUCAGGAAGCAAUUGACAAAGAAGCCUCCGGGCUCUUGUCAAACGACACCUGGUCGUACGACGAGGUUGUUUCGCGUGAGGAACUGAUGAGGAGCAAGACUCCACUAAACAUCGGCCGCGUAAUGACAAUCUUAUCUAUCAAGCAUUGGGAGACCCCAGAACUUCGCAAACUGAAAGCUAGAAUCGUGUUUAGAGGUGACGAUAUAAGAGACGAAAACAACAACCUGGCCGUGCUUCAGGAAUUGAAGGUGAAUCCGUCAGGCCUAACGGGUAUAAACUUCAACCUUGCAUACGGCGCCCUAAAGGGACACAAAACUACUCAAUCUGACGUAGUGAGAGCAUACACGCAGUCGUAUCUGCAGACCAAAGUUCCCACUUGGGUUGAGCUCCCACCAGAGCUCACCCCACCGGAGUUCAAGGGGGUCAGACGACCAUGCGUUCGUUUGCAGAAGUCCUUGUACGGACACCCAGAAUCCGGAUACCAUUGGGACUACAGGUUUAAACAAGUCAUGCAUAUGUUAGGAGGCAAACAUGUGGACAAUCAGCAAUCCACGUAUUGGUUUGAAGAGCUAGGUCUGCUUCUCAGCCUGUACGUAGAUGAUAUCCUGCUUAGCGGUGAUGAUAAGAAUCAUACUCGGUUUUGGGACCUGCUGCAAAAGCAACUGGAGAUUGAAGAACCAUCUCCAGUGGACAGGGUCUUGGGAAGGAAGCACUUGCUCUCCCAUGAUGCUGAUUCUACCACCCUCCAACAUGACAUGAGUGAUUUUUGCCAGAAUUGCUGCGAACUCUACGAACAGUUGUCCGGGAAGAAGUUGAAAGCGGCGGCUACGCCCUUCGACUCAAACAUUCCGGUUUCUGAGUUCGAAGAAAAAGGACUUCUAGCGGAAGCUGUCAGCAAAAUCCUGAUGAAAAUCCUGUGGUGUGCACGUUUGGCAAGACCAGAUUUGAUGAAGCCCAUAUCAGACUUGACGCGGAAAGAACUGGCAGAACUCGUGUUCAAACGCGAAGUUGACCUUCACUGUUACCAAGAUAAUUCUGCCGUGAUUCAGAUAGUGCAGAGCGGAUACAGCGCAAAGCUGAGACACGUGAGUAAAACUCAUCGGAUAAAUCUUUCCUUACUGUACGAAGUCUUCGAAGACCCGCAUACCAACCUUGGCUACAUAGCCACAGACAAACAGUGUGCAGACAUCUUCACGAAGGCCCUUCCACCGGUCAAGUUUCCCGCAGCGCUCCAACUUUUGAAGAUGCAGCGGCUUUGA